AUGGCGGGCAAUGGGCCAGAGAUGGCGCUGAAGGAGGGCCUCGUCAGGUUCAGGCUGCAGCAGGAGAGGAACCAGGCGGCUCUAUCCGCCCUCCCUGCUUCUUUGCUACGACCUGACGGCGACAAUCUAUGGCUUUUGUUCUUUGAAAUGCGGCCAAAAGAGACUAGCACCGCGAGGAAGUUGGCCGCCGGAGCACAGAUCAGAUUCUCCGACGACACCGCGCGGCUACAGAAGAUCAACCAAGUGAGGACGUCCGCCGUCGGAAAACAGAUCAGAGAUGUGAUCGCGCUGCUCGAGAGGACGAGGGAACCUCUCACGCUGCACCAGAUCAACGAGAAAACCUACGUCGACAUCGACGGCAACGGCGCCGUCGCCGAGAGCCUGAGGAACAACGCCAAGGUGCGCUUCGACGGCGAGUGCUACUCGUACAAGCGCACGCACGACGUCAGGGGCAAAGACGAGCUGCUCUCGCUGAUCAGAACCUUCCCCGACGGCCUCCCGGCGUCGGAGGUGGAGGACGCAUAUCCAUCCGUGCUGGAAGACCUGCAGGCCCUGAAAUCUUCAGGCGACAUCUACUUGCUGUCGGUCCAGAGAACUAAUGUUUUCUUCUGAAACUAUGGAGUUACUAUCUAAGACUACAAUCCAGUUUCAAUG